AGGUGUGUUUUGUCCUGUGCUCCAAAUUCAGGGACAGUUGAGGCUCAGAUGUUUGCUGCAUCUUGGAAAGUUGAUGCUUUGAAAACACUCUCUGUGAAGAUCCAAGUAAUUAAGGAUGCUGAGGCACGUCACGAGGCUCAGAUCUGUAAACUCGUCCUGGAGAAGCAGGAACUAGAAUGGCAGAAGGAGUCUUUACAAAAUCAGAUCAACAGGAUGACAAGCGAACAAUCAGAAGCCCUUGCUGCUGUUAAAAAGCAGUUUCAGGCUCAGAUUCGAGGAAUCGAAGAAGAGACGGGGAAACACCAGCUGAGUGCUGAAUUAAAGGACAAAGAGAUCACCAGCCUGAAGGAAGAGUUGAAGUUGCUACAGUUGUUCAAGUACAGUUUGGAGAAGAAAUUAAGCGAGCUGGAGCAGAAGGUGCAGCUGCAGACUCAGGUGAAGGACAGCCAUCUGAAUCAGCUGGCAGAGGUGGAGAAGCGUUUCAGGACGAUAUCGAGACAGUUCGCUGUGGUCAGACAGGCGCAUGAGAAACUGGAACAGAAUGUCGAGGAGGCAAUGGGGAUUAACAAGAAACUUGUAUCCAUCAACAAGAAACAAGAAUCUACAAUUGCGACCCUGAAAAAGGACGUGGAGAAGCUUCACAGUGAGCUGGUAAAAAGCAAAGUUGUGUCCAUCUGCAGACCUGGAGAAGAAAGUUCUUAUUUCCUGCUGAAAGAGCAACAACUGCAGGAGUUUAAACAAAGGCUGACUGUGGAGACUGAACUGAAUAAGAAGCUCAGAAAUGAAAUUGCUGGAGAAAGAGCAGAGAAGCAGGAGCUUCUGAGUUCCCUCCAGCAUGCCCAGUGGCUGCUGCAGACUCAGACGCAGGCUGUGAGUCGAAUUGAACAGCAGCUUCUCACUCACACAGAGGACUACCAGGUCCUUAAACGAGAACAUGAAAUGGUCCGAGAGAGGAGUAAAGAAAAAGAGGACAGACUUGUGCACUUGAUCGAUGACUACAAACAUUCCAAAAUCACUUUGGAAAAAGAGAUACAGAGUCUGUAUGCAAAGAUGCAGGCAGAUCAAGAAGAGCUGAAAGCUGUUAAAAAGGCAUACAGUCAUCUCCAUGAGAAACACCAACAGCUGUCUUCUUGUAUGACGCAGCAAGCAAGACGUAUUCAUAGCUUAAAGAAUGGCUUAAAGGAUGGCUUUGACAUCCAAACAACUUCUCCUACCAGCCUAAACCGUGAUAUGGAUCUGGAAAAGGAUAUAUCUUUAGCGAGAGAAGGCUGUCAAGCCAGUCCUCAAAAUAACCGUGAGCAAAUGAGACAUUGCAAAGAAGAUGAAGACAUUCCAGAUGAAAGGACUGCUGAGUGUCAAGAAGCGGCAAUAGGCGGAGAAAACGAUGAGGUUAAUGUUCGUUCGCAGAUGGAUCGAACAGCUCUGGCGCUUCUACCUUCAGAAGGCCUUGAUGUUUUGGCUCCAGAUCAGUCAGAGACAAGUGAGAGAGUCAGUGGAACUGAUGUGACAAAUUUGCAGAUAGAUCCAGCUGUCAAACAAGAAGCUAGUGUCGGUGAAAGCGCACCAGUGCUCGACAUGCUUGAUAAUGGUCACCCUUCAAACGCAGUGCAAAGUUAUACAGAAAGCUGUCUUGCUGAGCUAUCAGAACCCCAAACCAGGUCUGUUUAUGGUGUGGCCAGUGACCUGGUGAUGUCUGAACCCAGGGUUACACCAGCAGAGAAGAGUCUGUGUGUCUAUGAAACACGAGAGAGCCAGACACCAGAUAAACACACAUCCGAGACAUCUCAGGACACCGACUUGAAAGGAGUCGAGCGUCAAACUGCAGCACCUGAGAUAAAUAAGGCUCCGAGUGCCUCACCAAACAGUGAUAGUCAACCUUCUGGAGAGGAACCAGUCACUUUUGUGGAAGAAGAUACAGAAGCAACACAUGCACAUUACAAGAGUCCGACAAAACACACACAAUUAAGCGUAGCCCGUUCAAGUCCACAGCAACUAAUCAUUCCUCAGGAGUCAGACUCUUGUGCUGCAUCAAUUUCUGACACACACUUCAGUGAAAUACAAGGAAGUCCCGAUGGACGGGACACCAUGGACGAUAUAAAGAAGCACAUCGAGGACACUAAGGCAAAAUGCAUCCCAGAAACAGAGUUGAAUGCCAUUUCCCAUCCUGCUGACUCAUCCUCUCAAAGCACUGUGUUUAUCACAGCUAAUUCAGCAGAAGCUCAAGAUGGAAAUAAACCAGACGAUAUCUGUACUUCUGCUUUAUCUGCACAGAGCAAUGAGCAAAAUGCGGAAGCAUCUCCAGAUCCCCAGAUCUCAAACCCCCAGGAAGAUUCUGCGUUUACUAAUGCAAAACUAAGCGACCAUCCAAAUAAUACAGAAACGCAAAUUACCCGCAUAGAAAAAGGUGGCAAUGAUGAAAGCAAAAGUUAUGGAUCAUCUCUUGAGUUGGACGUGCCUUUGAAAAAAACAUCGGAUGGCUCACAAACUGCAGCAAUGCCCCAAAACCAAAAACCCUCAAGAGUGUUCAUUUCUGAGCAGAAAUCUGUGCUACCCUCUGGCUUCCAGGACCUUCUCAGAUCAUUGGGUACCCCUGUUUUUCCAAAGUCCGCACUAAGAAACCGAGGUGGACCUCUUGACAAGGCGAAUGUUUCAGCUAUCCAUCCCAACCGACAAACCAAUCUCUAUGGUGAAUGGAACGCGAUAAAAGAGACAUUUUCUGAAAUAUCUACUGAAAAGGAUAGCAGAAUUCCCAUCUCGUUUGGUUCAGCUCAGUCAGGCAGCCCAGCGGUGUGCUCUGUGGGUAAUGGGCUGAGACAGAACUGCACUGUUACUCCCCCUCCCAGACGGCACUGCUUGGGAAAAGUGUCUCGGACCGUGUGUGAGGAAAGAACGCCCACGCCUUUUGAGAAAGAGGACCAUCAGAAGUCUGACAUCAAGGCCCAAAUCGCCAAGAUUGAACAGUUCCUCGCUUCUGAAGGUCUCAGACCGCAAAAAAGACGUAGGGUAGAUGAGUUUGAGCUUCAGAACGAUUAGAUUAAAUGCUUUAUCUGUAUUAAAUUUCCACCCGAGUUGUUACGGAGCUUUAGUAUAACAAGGCUGGGUUUUUUCCUUUGUGUCACAUUUAACAGAAAUGCAUAUUGCUCGAUACUGUUUAUCAUAACUAUGUCAACCUGUUUGUUUCAUUUUUCCAAUUCUGUUUCUUCUUUAAACAUGAAACAUGGGUCCAGAAAGACGUCUAACUCAAAUGCAUUUUAAUUAAUCCUUGCUCCACGCUUUACCCUACUGUUAAACAAGGUAAGGUAAGCCGCUUCACAUAAAACAUGUUAAUUACAGUUUUAAAGCCAAUUAACGCUAAUUACUCCCUGGAUGGCCUGUCUUUUCCUCCGAGGACAUUUAAUUAGCCAAACACAAACUUGCGUUAAUUAAAACGUUCAAGUAACAGGAAUCAAUUAAUGCACAUUAACCCAAAUUAGCAAACGCAAACGUUUCUCUCAUUAAGUUUAUGUUCUCAAUAAGGAGGUUGUUUAGAACAUACGGACACAUGUUAGGGCGAUACAGAUGAUAAAAUGUGUUGCUGGUCAAGUCGAGAGUUUAUGUUGUAGAACAAUCAGCAGAUGUUAAUGAGCUUUUCGGUCCACCUGAAAAUGUGCAAAAGUAAACUCUAGCGUCAUUGUAAUAUAUGUUUAUAUAUUUUUGCAUUCGAUUUUGUUUGGGUUUAAUUUGGAAUGUAGUGCAUGUGCGUUGUUUUUCCUGUAUAUUCUCCAGAAGUGAAUCUGAUGCAUGCAUUUCAUACUGUUUUAUUGUGAGAUAAAUCACAGUUCAUUUUUAAAAUUAAAGCAGUUUAAAGGGCUAAACAAAAA